UCGAGAAAUAGCCAUUCUUGGUAAAUAGCCGAACUAGGUCGAGAGAAGCCCGGCCCGGCCCAAUAAAUUUCCAUCACCAAGUGAAGCCCACAAUGUCUUCUGGGCCGAUACCAGAAACUACCUGAACGAUAUUAAUGGCGGGAAAGAGAUGCGAGAACGAUGAAAAUGGAAGACUGGAGAGAGAAGCAGUCUCUUCAGGGAAGAACCAUAGAAGAAAACAGUGGAGAGAGAGUUAAGGCUGUGGAGAAAGAUGGAGAAGAAAGUAGCGGCGGAGAUCGAAGAGCUUCCCAAGACCAUUGUUCGCCGAGUGGUUAAAGAGAAGCUUUCUCAGUGCUCCCGGAACCAAGACAUUUCCGUCAACAAAGACUCGCUUCUUGCCUUCUGCGAGAGCGCUCGAAUCUUCAUUCACUACCUCUCCGCUACGUCGAAUGAUAUAUGCAAGGAAUCGAAGAGGCAGACGAUAAAGGCGGAUGAUGUAUUGAAAGCUCUAGAAGAUAUGGAAUUUCCCGAGUUGGUUAGGCCUCUCAAAGCCUCCCUCAAUGAAUUCAGGCGCAAGAGUGCGGGAAAGAAGGCAGCUGCAUCCAGGGAAAAAGAAGCAAAAAAGAAGAGGAAGAUAGAAGAGCCUACAGUUGAAGAUGAAAGCAAAGAUGACGUUGGAAAUGACGAUAACGAUAACGAUCACGAUGAAGAUGAAGAUGAAGUUGAAGAUGAAGAUGAAGAAGAGAAUGGUGCCAGUGAUGAAUGAGAAACCUUAUGUUUCACUUAUUAGGUAUUUGAAAUGUGGUUCUUCUGCACUUGGUACGCCAUUUAUUUCCAAACUAGAAAAUUGAUUUAUAUGAUGGCCUACAUAUCUUCGAGGAAGCAUUGUUUUUAUGUCGGACAAAUUUAGCUUGUACAUUAUAAACGACAGCUACACUUUUUAGCAGGUCUGGGAAAUUUUCUAGUA